GGUUUGCAUUAACUACUCCUAGCUUGAUUUGAUUGCGGGACCCUCCUCGAUUUGAAUAUAUACAUAUGCUUUGUAUGCUUCGACCAUUGAUCUCUUGAGUAUCCAGCCGUGCAAAAAGGGAGACUGUAUACAUGUUGUUGUAUGGUUUGGCUUUAAUUCAUGGAAGGCUCCCUUAGAAUCAACCGAUGACGUCAGUAUGCUGUAAUAGGAUCAUUCCUCGGAUGGAAAGAGCAUCCGCCCAACCAGCAGCAUUCGCUUCAGUCUUUUUCAACCUUGCAAGCACACCAUCCCCGUUGACCCAGGCCCCAGCACAAUAAUACGGAAUAAUGUCAGGUACCCUUGAAGGCAAAACCGCCCUGAUCACCGGCGCCGCCAGCGGAAUCGGCAAAGCCACCGCCCACAAACUGGACAGUCUAGGCGCCACGUUGAUCUUAUCUGAUAUCAACGAAGAUGCCCUGCAGCAGCUCCAAUCCGAGCUGUCCAGCAGCCCCCGCGCCUCGUACCACAUCUACCGCCCCUGCGACGUCUCCCUCAGCACCGACUGCACCCGACUCACCCAGGCGGUGAAGUCCUCCUUCGAACACCUGGACUUCCUGUUCAACUGCGCGGGGAUCAACCCCACGAAUAUCCCCAUCCUCGAAACCAGCGAGGACUACUUCACCAAGCUGGUGGACGUCAACCUGCGCGGCACCUUCAACAUGUGUCGCGCCUGCGUGCCCCUCAUGCAAGAAGGCUCCGUCAUGGUGAACGUCUCCAGCGUGUGCGGUCUCAAGGGGUACCCCGGGUACUCGGUCUACUGCGCGACCAAGUUCGGGAUCAUCGGGCUCACGAAGGCGCUGGCCGCGGAGCUGGGUCCCAAAGGCAUUCGGGUGAAUGCUGUCGCGCCGGGCCACACGGAUACCCCGACGAUGGUGGGGAAUGUGGCCGGCGGGGAUGCGAAUGCGCGCAUCGUCAAGGAGGUGCCGUUGGGGCGGCUGGGGGAGCCUCGUGAGGUGGCCGAUGUUGUGGCCUUCUUGUUUAGUGCGGGGGCGUCGUACAUGUCGGGUAGUGUGGUCGAGAUUACCGGGGGCGUGAUUUAGAGGUUUGUGGGUAAUGUCAAUAGUAGAUCCGUUGGAUUGGUUCUCAGCCUGGACUUUGUGAUUGCAUCAAUUGUAAAUACCUGUAUGUAUAUAAGCGAAGUAAAUCCAUUGGGAAAUCCUGUCACCGAA